AUUCGUCCUCGAUUCAUGCCUCGCCUCUGAUUCCAUGUUGCUCGUCCUCGCUCGAUUCGUUCGUUUAGAGUAGAAGAAUCGCGUCUGAUUUGUUUGAUUCAGUUUUGCUCGUCCUCGGUUCGUCUGUUUUCAAGAAGUGCGUCUGAUUUGAUUGAUUUUGCUCGUCCUCAAUCCGUCCGUUUAGUUAGAAAUCGCGUCUGGUUUGACUUGCUCGUCCUCGCCGUCGCCCAUUUAGAAGCGCUUCUGAUAUGAUGCUGCUCGUCCUCACCGUCGCCCUGAUGCUAUCGCGUGUUCUUGGGGCCGCCCUGUCUGCUGCGACUCUGGGAGGAAGCGAGCGAGCGGUCUGUUGGUUUGGGUCACCGUCUUGUUUGCGAGCUAACAAGUUCCCGUGCUGCGUUUCGCUUUCGCGGUGGAGCGUUUCUGUUUGAGAACUUGUGUGUGCGCUUCUGUUAUCUGACUAUCUUGUGUUUUGUGUUCGCGUCGGGGUGACCGUUGCAGGAACGAUGGGUUCUGGUUUCAAAAUUGGAGCAGUGUCAAAUCGUUCCCUCUGUUCCAUCACCUGCGUUAUCCGUCCGUUAUUUUCAGAUCUCAAACUCAUGCGCCCUUGUGAUACUCUGCUUGCCCUCUGUCCAUUCUUGUUCUAUCGGCAGGCGUGUGUGUUGUGCUCCCAUCCUAGAUGCAGAGAAUCAUGUUCUUGUCUGUUACGGUUGUUCUGAUGCUGUUUUUUUCAGUUGCUUAUUGUUAUCAUGCUUUGCUUAUGUUUCCAUAUGGCACGAUUGGUUGAUUGUUGUUUGCUGUUCGAUUGAUUGCCCUGAGAUGGAUUGAUGUUUGUUGUUUGACUGAUUGCCCUGAGAUGGAUUGUUGUUUGUUGCUUGAUUGAUUGAUUGCCUUGAGAUGGAUUGUUGAUUGUUGUUUGAGUGAUUGCCUUGAGAUGGAUUGUUGAUUGUUGUUUGUUGCUGUUUGUUGCCUUGAGAUGGUAGAUGCUUAAUUAUAUGGCACGAUUGAUUCCUGUUUAUUCAUGGUUAUUACAAUUGAUUGAUUGAUUGAUUGAUGGUUGUUUGUCGAUUGGUAUCUAACUUUGGUUUUGCCAGUUCCUGAUCAUAUGUAACAGACCUAGCACUAUUCUUUUUUCUGAACUUUUUUAUGAUUAUGUCUUAUGUGGAUAUCAUAUUCUCUUUUUGGUAUUACUGUUGUUCAGUCCUUGGAAUAAUGCUUUUCUAAGUAUUUAAGGUACAAACAUGUUGAUCUGGACAUAUCACAUUUGCUAUUUAUUGUGUUGCUAAGGACACUCAUGAGUUGAGUUGGCAUAUAGUGCCAGGUAUAUUUACAUUCUUUACAUUUUGUGAUGCUGAUGCCUGUAGUCCCAAAGCGUUUAUUUACCCAAAUUUUGCUACUAGAACUUUUGGUUUUAGAUAUUGGCACCUGAUAUUUGAAUGGAUGUUUUCAUGAUGCCUAAUUUGAUUCAUUAUCGUUGUUCUGAUGGUGUGCUUCUGGUGUUUUAACUGAAGCCGUGGAUCGCUCAUCAACCUGCUGAGCUCUUUCUGGAUAGGACAGAGGUACAAUACUUACAUCCAUGGCAGAAGGUUCUUAACCCUGAACUCAUCAAAGGUCCUUGGACUCAAGAGGAAGAUGACAAAAUUAUUGAUCUUGUAAGAAAGUAUGGACCAACAAAAUGGUCUCAUUUCAAGGACCUGCAAAAGGACCCUCCCACCUCAGUGCUGGUCCUGUAGGUGAGGACAUGUUCCACUGGCAGGCCACUAUCAUGGGACCCUCAGACAGCCCGUUUACCGGUGGUCUAUUUUUGGUGAACAUCCAUUUCCCACUAGAUUAUCCCUUCAAGCCCCAGAAGGUCUCUUUCAUCAACAACAACGGCAGCAUUUGCCUUGACAUUCUCAAGGAAUAGUGGAGCCUGGCUUUGACCAUAUCAACGGCAGCAUCUGCAUUCCUAACUUGGUCCUCCUGUCAAUCUGUUCGUUGCUGACGGACCCCAACCCCAAUGAUCCUCUGGUGCCUGAGAUUGCUCACAUGUACAAGACUGAUUGGGCCAAGUAUGAGUCCACGACACGCUGCUGGACACAGAAGUAAGCCAUGGGUGGAUGUAUAGGCAAGCAAUGUCGAGAGAGGUAUUCUUUUAAUUGUUCUUUGUUUAUGGUUUGCUAAAAUGUAUUUCCCCCCUGGGUGGGAUGCUUGCUAAUUUCGAAACACACUGGUUACUUCCAUUUGUGUACUUCUAUUUGUUCUUAGUUCUUCUCACCUAUAGCUAAAGUCAAAGAUGAAAAACCAGGUGACUUAUUGGAGUUGCAGAACUAUAACUCAUUGGUCAUCUGAAUCUUCAUUUGUAAAUAUGACUGUUGGUGCUACCGAUGAUGCUAGCCAUCGACUUGGAACUGAUGAGAGACAACCGAUGUUGCCAACUUGAAACAUAUACUUUUUAGGUAUGAAUGGCUUACCUCUCCUCCUCUCGCGUCUGGUGAGGCAAUUCGUCCUCGGUUCGUGCCUCUCCUCCUCUCGCGGCUGGUGAGGCAAUUCGUCCCCUAUUCCCUCUCCCCUCGCCUCUGACUUUAUGUUGCUCGUCCCCACUCGAUUCGUCCGUUUAGAUUAGAAGAAUCGCGUCUAAUUUGUCAUUUUGCUCGUUUUCGAUUCAUCUGUCUUGAAGUGUGUCUGGUUCGACUAAUUUCGCUCGUCCUAGAUUCGCCCGUUUAGAUAGAAAAUCGCAUCUAGUUUGAUUUACUCGUCCUCUUCGUCACUUUAGAAUCACUUGUGAUAUGAUUUUGCUUGUCCUCGUUGUCGUCCUGAUGCUCUCAUGUGUUCUUGGGGCCGUCUCGUUGGGGGUCUCCGUCCCUGCGACUCUGGGAGGAAGCGGGCGGGCGAGCGAGCGGUCGGUCGGUCUGGUUUGCGAACUAAAGUCUAUUUGAGAAACUUCUGUUCCUGUGUUUCGUGUUCACAGUGGAGCGAUGGUUCCUGCGUUUACUUGUGCGUGCGCUUCUGUUAUCUGACGAUCCUGCCUUUCGUGUUCGUGUCGGGGCGACGGUUACAGGAACGAUCGGUUCUUGGUUCGGAAAUUGGAGCAAUGUCAAAUCGUUCCUUCUGUUCCAUCACCUGCGUUGUUCGUCGGUUAUUUUCAUAUCUCAAACGCAUGCGCUUGAUAUUCUGGUUGCCCUCUGACGAUUCUUGUUCCCAUCCUAGAUGCAGAGAAUCUUGUUCUUGCCUGUUACGGUUGUUCUGAUGCUGUUCUUUUCAAUUGUUUAUUGUUAUCAUGCUUUGCUUAUGUUCCCAUAUGGCACGAUUGAUUGUCGUGUGUUGUUUGAUUGAUUGGCUUGAGAUGGUUUGUUGUUUGUUGUUUGAUUGAUUGGCUUGAGAUGGAUUGUUGUUUGUUGUUUGAUUGAUUGGCUUGAGAUGGAUUGUUGAUUGUUGUUUGAUUGAUUGGCUUGAGAUGGAUUGUUGAUUGUUGUUUGAUUGAUUUCCUUGAGAUGGAUUGUUGUUUGUUGUUUGAUUGGUUGCCUUGAGAUGGAUUGUUGUUUGUUGUUUGAUUGAUUGCCUUGAGAAGGUACAAACCAUGUAGGCCGAUUGAUUGCUGUUUGUUGCCUUGAGAUAUUAUUACAUGUUUAUAUGGCACGAUUGACUGCUGUUUGUUCAUGGUUAUUACAAUUGAUUGAUUGUUGUUUGUUGAUUGGUAUCUAAUUUUGGUGUUGGUAGUUCCUGAUCAUAGGUAACAGACCUGGCGCUAUUAUUUUUUUCUGAACUUUCUUGUGAUUAUUAUGCCUUCACAUUGCAUUUCUCCCAGAUCCAUAUCGACAUGCCCACGUUGUCUGACGAGGAUAAAGAUGUUAUGAAAAAAUGGGGUGCUCCAAACAAGAUUGACUUCCUCUCUUUCUUAUACAAGGCAUGCAGAAGAUGUGCGGCAAUGUUCUUAUUUCAGAAGUCUGCUCUGCACAAGUGCAACAUGGCUGGAAAACCUGCUGCUGUUACUCGUGUUGUGGACAGUAUGACGGACAAUCUAAGGCCUACUCGUGCAGAUGCAACUGAUGUGGCAAAUGCGGUGCUGGAUGCUGCUCAUUACUGCACCCAAAGAAACUAUAACUACACAAGCUGUAACAUGAAUCACAAUUGUUUUGUUCAGGCUAAUUGCCAAGUACAGGCCCACCAUGCCAUUCCUCAUCUAAAAAUAGGUCAAUUGAAGUGGAGCUUCACAAGUGCAUUUGAAGCAAGACAAUCACUCAUAGUUAAAGUCCUCUUUCCCAUGCUUGCCGAUCCACAUCACCCGGCUGAAUCUACUAGCACUAGAAAUGAAUCAGUGUUGAAGGUUACUCUUGACCACGGCAAAGCAUCCAGUGUGAUCAAGUCGCAUGGCUUACCUUAUCCAGAAUUUCUAUAAGAAUGUUGCUGAUGUUACAUGCCUUGCUUUCUCUAGAACGAAGAUCUGGAUCACCCUCGCUCCUCUAGAGAAAUCAGUUUACUCAUCCAAGUUUUGAAAUUCUUUAUAGCUUUUUGAGUUUACUUCGGUCUUGCAUGUGCUUUCUGUUUGUGCCCCUAUCUAUGUAUGUUUCUUGUGUGCAAGUGCUCCAUUCUGUGUGUGUGACUGUGUGUGGCUUGACUCUGUGUGUGUGGCUUGACUGUGUGUGACUGUGUGUGGCUUGAUUGUGUUUGUGCUUGACUCUCUGUUUGUGUGACUCUGUGUGUGCUUGACUCUGUGUGUGUGGCUUGACUGUGUGUGUGACUGUGUGUGGCUUGAUUGUGUUUGUGCUUGACUCUCUGUUUGUGUGACUCUGUGUGUGCUUGACUCUCUGUGUGUGUGAAUGUUGCAUUUGCUUGAUGGUGUGGCCUGUAUGCUUGAAUGAUGAUUGGUGUGGUUUAACACUGCCUUUGCCGGUCCCAAGCCCGGAUGUGAAAAUGUGGAGGGAGCUGCAUUUACCUCCUUUGUAUUAUAUAUAUAUAUUCACCUUCUGAAUUUUGUGGCUGAUGGCAUUCUAGUUUACAUAGAUGGUUAGCUUGUUAAUUACUUUUGUGCAUGCAAGACUUGAAAUCUAGCUGAUGUAGUGUUUAGUUUCUGCGCAUGAUAAAUGGUUUUGUUGUGCACCUUUUUAAAGAUGUGGCCUGUUUUCCCCCUUUAUUUUCCUCUUUUGGAUGUUAACUAGCAUUUGCUGCGUUUCUGAAUUGAUUAUCUGUCAGCUUCUCCCCUCUCUCCAUGUCAAGAAGAGCAAACAUUCCAACUCUGGUCUCUCCAUCUACGGUCCUGAAAUAACAUGAGACCAGUAGCAAAUAUCAUGGUCAUCAGCAUGGAUAUAAAAUAAGAAGUACAAUAGAACUAACCAUUUCUGCAUCUCUGUGUUUGGUUCACAACUAUGAUUGAUGAACCUGGACUUGUUCCCUUGUUUGUUGCAUCAAUGACCAUAUUGCUACAGACCUCACAAAGAUAAAAUCCAGUGUAAUGUUGUCUCUUCAUUUACCAUGGUCUUUCCUCACAAGUUUUGUGAUCAAGAACUACAAUAUUAAUGGACAUAUGGAUAUUAGUUUAAUCGCCCAGUGUACAUUGUGAGUAACCAUAAUAAUAUCAAUCAAACAAAAAAUGCAAUCACAUACACAUACACAAAAUUCUUUUCAUCAGUACAGCACAAUGAUCCAAUGUAAUUAGCGAAAUUUGUUUAGAGAAAGCAAGCAUGUGAGUGAUUUAGUAACAGGGACAAACAACAGAAAAGGGAACAACCUGGAGACUGUGAUGUCGAUGAGCCCGUCGUCGUAGUCGACGAGGGAGCAGUGGUCGAAUCAGAUGUCGAAGGAUGCAUGAUUGUUAUGGAUGCCGUCAAUGUCUGCGGUCGGCCUCGAACUGGACUAAAAUAAUUCAGAAUUAAUACAAGCACAAGCACGAAUGAAAUUCAGAAUUAAUAUAAGCGCAAGCAUGAAUGGUAGUAGUUAUCUUGCUGCAUGGGCCGUCAUGUUGGCCGAGCGUGUAGCCAAAGGUGUAGGAGACAAUAAAGACGAAGGUGUUGAAGAGCAUCCAAGCACUGACCCGCGGCACAGCACCUGAGCAGUCAACCAUGUAGAUGAAACCCGAGCCCUGGAUUUCCUCCUCCACGAGGCCGUAGUCCAGCGACUCAGCCUCGACCUCUCCGCCCGCGACCGUGUUAUGCUGGUUCUGGCACGGCCCGUUCGCUCCGCUCUGCUCUGCCCAGCCUGCUGCUCAAUCUGGUGCGAGGAGGAGGGGUGGUCACGAUGGUGAGGAGAAGCUAAGGCAUCUGCAAACAUGUAGUGUAAUUUCUUCAGAAAGUUCAAACUGCAUUAUUUUAGAAAGUUCUACAUGUAUGCAUGUAAUGUACCCCUGAAGUGGCAUUUAAGGUGCUACUGUUGUUCCUGAAUAACGGUGCCCACAGACUGCCCAGGAAGCUGUUGUCAAUGCCAUUGGAGCUGGCGUUUGCAGCCCCGCUGUCCGCUGCUACUCCAAGGCUGUACGCCACACUGAAGCUGCAUACAUACAUGACCAAUCUAAUUAUCAUGAUGCCAAGUUAAUUUGAAGAAAAUAUACCAAUAUGAAAACUUUUUGAUGUUUCUUAUCAUACAUUGGGCGUCAUCGAUGCCGGGAAAGAGAAGCUGACGACGAACCCCAACAACACCAUGGCUAAUGCCUGACAGAACCGAGACUAAUUCCGUCUUCACUGCAUAUAUUAUUCAGUCACCACGAAAAUUCCAGGAAAGAACACGAAUAUAUAUGUAACAAGAUUCUGAUUCUGCAAGGUAGAUGCUUACAAGAUCGAUCGAUGAGGACCCCUGCUUCUAGUGCGGACUCGAAGGGCAGGAAGAACAGAGGAACAUCUUUGCGAUUUAUGCCAUGACAUUACACGAUUUACUACCCGAGAACGAGCCCCUAUGAUGCCGGCGGCAACUGCAACAUGUAGUCAUGUACUAAGCCGUCGUCGUCUCAUCCGGUCGCCCUGCCGUUGUCCCUCCAUCCCUGCCGGCGCGCGGGAGAGAGGAGGAGACCCGGCUGCGGAGAAUGAAUGGCAGAU